AUGGCAUCCAAUAAAGCAAGCCGGUUAGGCGAGGAGACUCGUGUUGAUAAGGUCAAUGCGGAGUUGGUUAUUCUGACCUAUGGAACUGUGGUCGCCCAGCUUUGCAAGGACUUCGACGGAGAUUAUGUCGAAGUCAACAAACAGCUUGAUAAGAUGGGCUACAACAUUGGCUUGCGGCUGAUUGAGGAUUAUCUCGCCAAAUCCAAUACCAUGAAGCGGUGUUCAAACUUCAGGGAGACUGCAGACAUGAUUGCGCGGGUUGGAUUCAAGAUCUUUCUGAAUAUUACUCCCCAAGUAACCAACUGGACCAACGACAACAAGCAGUUUUCGUUGGUCUUUGACGAAAAUCCCCUGGCUGACUUCGUGGAGCUUCCCGAUGACGGACGGGCGCAAGAUGAGCUCUGGUACUCCAAUAUCUUUUGCGGCAUACUGCGAGGGGCCUUGGAAAUGGUCCAGAUGCAAGUCGAAGCUCAUUUUAUAAGCGAUAUCCUGCGUGGAAGCGAUACUACGGAGAUGAGGAUAUCUUUAAUUCGAUACAUCGACGACGAGUUGCCUCCUGAGGACGACUAA